AUAGCUCAAAUCUCAGUCUUCAUCAAGUGUCCAUCCCAUCAGAUACAAAGAUGACCAUGAACAGGAAACGUAUUGAAAUUCUGGAAAAGUUUUUGGCUGAUGGUGACAAGCUAGCUCCAGAAGAUAAGCUAUUUACUUAUAAAGGGAUUUUGUAUCCUCUUGCUAUUUGCAAGCUUGAAAAUUUCCAAGCUCUUGAAACCUUUGAGGCCAGAAUGGAUGAUGUGAUCCUGGCAGGAUAUCCUAAAACAGGUACAAACUGGCUUGAAGCCAUGCUACGUGACUUGGAAUUCAGGGCUGGGAAAUAUACAGAAGAGGAAUCUAAAAGAAGAAUGGCAAUUGAAGAGGAAUUGGCAGUGCCUCCACGUCUUGAGUUUGGGAAUCUAGAUGCCAUCAAGAGGAUGACGAAAUUACCUUCCAGAAGGAUCAUAGUAACUCACCUCCCUCCUCAUUUACUACCCAAAUCUAUUUUCAAAAGUAAAGCCAAGAUACUGGCGCUGACUCGGAAUCCCAAAGAUACAAUAGUGUCUUAUUUUCAUUUCAACAAUAAUUUUUCUGCCUUUCCUAAUGCAACAUGGGAUGCAUAUUUCACAAAUUUUAUGAAUGGAAAAGUGUGUUGGGGCUCCUACUUUGACCAUGUCUCAGAAUGGGACAAGUUCAUUGAUGAUGAAAAUGUCAUGGGCAUAUGUUACGAAGAACUUAAGGAGGACCAACAUUCAGGAUUGCAACAAAUAGCUAAAUUCUUUGGGUUUUCUGUGACUGAAGAAGAAAUUAAAAGUGUUGUAGAAAAAUGCAGCUUCAAAGCUAUGAAGCAGAAAGCUAACGAAACUCAUGGAGCAUUUGGAGACGUUCUUUUCCGCAAAGGAUCUGUCAGUGACUGGAAAAGCCUGUUCUCAGAGACUCAGAACCAAGAAAUGGACAGAAGAUUUGAAGAGUGUUUAGCCAAAAGCAAACUAGGAGCAAAGAUGAAGUAUGAGGUUUACUGCAAGAUCUGA